GUGCAUUUAAAAUAAUUGUGAACAAUAUGUAUAUUUUGGCCGUGCUCGCGUUUAUUGCCAAUACCCAAGAUACCAACGCGGUUAGCUCCAGCCUCAUACCUGGCGGCCAUUGUCGCGACUUCAAUGGCAAGCUUUACGAGACGGGCAUGCACUAUAUGCCCGGUCCGGAUUCAUGUCGGCUCUGUAUCUGUGACAGUGGGCUGCCCAAGGCCUGCAAAAUGGUUCUCUGUGAGGCGUUCAGCAAGUGUAAAUCAUUUCAAACAGUGGGCAGCGGCAACAACUGCUGCGAGGUUAUCUGCCUGGACGAUCAGUUCAGCGAUGGUAGCACCGAUUUCGGAAUUUGACUGGUGGCCAGUGGCAUUACGGCCACUUUGUCGCUCUCCCUAUUGUUCUUUCUGGUUAAUCGAUUGCGUCAGCGGAAGAUACGCGCCCGAGAAAAUCGCCAAAAUGCCGAGGAUCAGCGUAGUAUAGUGGGGAGCAUAGGUUACAUUGCCGGAAACAUGGGUUACAUGGAGGGAAAUCUUAGUGGCAUGGAUUACUCAUACGGUGGAGGAGCGACCCAUUAUCCGCUGUGGAAGCCGCCCAAUGGCUAUUUUCCGCGCGGUGAAGCGCCUCCUCCCUACGAGGAGGCAGUGGCCGAAGCUCUAAAUGCCCAAUGCACCGUCAGCUUGCCUGCCACCAGUACGCAGCGCGCUGUGGCAAGCGUCAGUCAACAGCAACAACAACAACAUCUGCAGCAUCACACGUUGCAGCUGCACACACAACCACAGCAACACCACCAGCAGCAACACUUGGCGGCCAGUCCAGCGGUAACUCAACAUCAGCUGAUGCAUGCCGCUGCUGCUGCAGCCUCUGGAGCCAUACCGCUAGGCUCCCAACCACAGACUAACCAGUAUACGCAGAGCACCACAAAUCUCAUCAACAUUAACAUAAAUAGUGGCGGGGUCACCACCAUAGCCACUGGUGAGAACCACCAGCCGCCCUAUAGUUUGCAAAAUGACCAGCAACAUAAUCUUGAGGCCCCUCCCGGUGCGAACGGUUCGAUAUGUGUGCAAACGCUAGGACUAACGGCUGCUGCUGCUGCCUCUCUACAAGCACCAAAGCCAACGGCAUUGAAUAGCUCGGCCGGCCCAGCAGCCACAACGACUGAAUGCAGUUAUAAGAACUGUCAUCUGAACAUAAGCGCCAGUGUAACCACGGCGGGCGUAGCGGGAAGCGCAGGCGCCUCCACUUUAGGCUUUGCCACCACACGACGCACACCAAGAGGCUCCCAGGAGCUUCUUCACCAGCCGCAGCAACAGACACAACAAUAUUUGACAGUAGCUGAUGUAGAGAUUAAUGCUAGCGCCAGCGUCUCUGCCAGCACUAGUACUGGGAACUAUCAGACUCCAAUUCCGAAUGGCAAUGAGCUUUCAGCCGCGGCCACGCCCACACAUAUGCCACAUGCCAUGAACUCUACUCCCGGUGAUAUGAUGCCCGCUCUGGAAUUGCCCACCAAUUCGAGCAACAACCACAGCAGCAGCACUGCCCUCACUGCCGAUUCUGUCACCCAAACAGGACAUCAUACACUGCCCUUACAUGCUGCUGGCAAGAGCCAGCAACUCAGUACAGGCAGCAGUGCCACAAUUUCAUCGCCUGCAGGCAGCAAGACACCGUCGUCCUCCCGUCGCUAUCACCGCACCAUACCACGCUAUUUUGCAGUGGCCGAUCCUCUUCAGGUGCAAACCGUGGCCACCACCACUUCCAGCUCCAGCAUGAAACCCAAGUCCAGCACAUCGGACGCAGUUGCCAAAGUAGCGAAGAAGCCGAUGUGCCAAUGUCCCAUUCAACAUGUGCCCAUGUCCUACAUGGGUAGCAAUGCGAAUGCAGCGGCUUUCUUUAGCGGAGCCGGAAAACUCUUCGCUAGCAGCUCCAGUGCUUGUGCCCUGAAUUCCACAAACUCGCGACAUGCCAGUGCCAACACGAACUCCGCCACUUUGGCCUACGGUAUACGUGCCAAAUCUUCGACAAGCCUGCAGCAGCAUUCCCACAACAGCGGGGCAGGCGGCAACAGUAGCAAUGGCGUUGCAGCCGCUGUGGUGGCUGCCUAUUGCACCCAUGAGCCCAAAAUUGCUACCAUUUCCAAGCAGGUUGGCGAUCCGACUCCAGCUCAUCAUGGCGGCGUAAACGUGUCCUCAAUAAUACCGCCGCCAUCCUUACAACAACACGACGAAGUCACCGGCUCGCCCAUGCCCAUUGUCCUGGGACGGGUGCAGAAGCGUUCUUCCGGCCAGUCUGGGUCCGAGCGUGCGCGCAGCACCAGUGGCGGCAGUGGACGCAACUCCUCCAGUAGCGCCGGUGCCGAUGUGCUCUCCAGCGCCUAUUUGAAUCGAAAGGUUGAUGCCUACUUGAGUCUAACGCAGAAACAGCAGCAACAUUUUUAUAACCAACAGAAUCACCAUCAACACGAUCAAAGCAAUCCAUCUCUUCCACCGAAACUCUAUAAAAGUCUAACGAAUUUAAAAGCCUCAGUGCCAGUCGUAAUUUCAACAACGCCAACAACAACAGCGAGCAGCAACAAUAACACUGCCACUAGUAAUCACUCAACAUCCAAUAAUGCCGUGCAGACCAUUUACACGCUCAGUAAACACUCAAUUGGAGCUUCGCGGAAGGAUACUCACGAGUAUUCGAGAAAUGCCACGCCAAGCUUAACACUGCCCCCCGCCAGUCCGACAACGACAUCAACAAACAAUUCCAAUGGCAGCGGGGACAAAUCAUCGCUAGGCGGUGGAAAGAUCAACACGAGCACUUUCUACCCGCUGGCCAAUCAUGUAACAUACACACUGCCCAAGCACAUAAGUGGCAAAGUGUCUCUGAACAGCACCAUCAAUAGUGUGGUGAGCAAGGUCCCCUCGGUGAUCAGCAUACCACAGACCACAGCUCCGGAGAAGGAGAACAACAAUGCUACCGAUGGUGUGCAUUCGUCGUCAUCGUCGCGAGGCACCACUUUGCCAAAAAUACUGCGUGUUAAACGAGAUGCGGAACGCAGCAGCGGCGCGACUGACAAAUCAUUGGCCAUAGCGCAUUGCCAAAUGCCCAAUUAUCCUUUGGCAGAGUCAAAAAGUAGCAACAAGGCUGCAGCAACGCCCACAAAGCAGCUACCUGUUUGCACAACAUCCAAGAACUGUUUAAAUCCCAAAGAGCACUUUCUGCCCAAUGACACCAGUCUGGACGAUGACUACCUCAGCGAGUGUGAGAAUUGCAAGAUCGCACAGAGUGCCAAAUAUUACCUGGACGCGCCAGCCCCUCAAGAGACGAUGACGCUGCAACGCAAAUCUAUGGAAGAGUCCCAUGAUUCGUAUUACCGGAGCUCGCACACUUUGCCCAGCAACGCCAAAAAGCAUGGGGUCACUAAAAACAACAAUCGGGAGGCGUGGCAGUUCUCAACGAUACCCGCUGCCAGUUCGUCAGAUGAGGAUAUUAACGAAUGAGACUUAAGC